AGUUUUAGUUUGUGGAAGCAAGUGAGAUAGUAUUUAGUUCCGUUGGUUGGUAAGUUCACUUUUUGUGAACUGUUUUUAAUCAUUUGCUAAAGAAGAUCGUAGUAAUACUUGUUUUUUAAACAAAAAAAUAAACAGUAUAACUUAUAUGAUUUCUGUAAAUAUAAGUAAAACUGUAAAAUGUCAGAAACAGAAGCAAUUGCUCAGUCACCGGUAAAAUCUUCAACAUUAAAUGACUUAAGGCAAUUUCGCCUUAAGAAAGAUGGUAACAGAACAGAACGUGUUCCAGGCAAAAAACGUAUUCGCAUUAUGCAGGAUAGCGAUAGCGAUGAUGCAAAUGAGGCUGUUAAGAAAAAUAAACCUGCCUUAACUACUAAAGAAAAAGAGGAACGCUUCCUAGCAACCGCUAAAUUUGCACCAGAUUACGAUACAAUGGAUAUACAGGACGCAUUGGUUAAUAGUAACUGGGAUGUUAAUGAUGCCGUAAUUUGUCUUAAUGCAAAAUAUAAACCAAAGCGUAACUUUGCUGUAAAAAAUGUUUUAAAAACCAUGUCACAGGACGCAUCGGUUCCAGCUCCUACAUCCACAACAUCUGCAUCCACACAAAUAACUUUAACAAAUAGUUCUGGAAAAAGCAAAAUGAAUGGUUCGGUGCCAUCGCAAUCUAAAUCUAAUUCUACAUAUUGGGGUGAUGAUGAUUCUAAUGAUGAAGUUAAUCAAGCUGAAAAUAAUGUUUAUGACAGUGAUGAAAGUGACACUGAAACUUCCAACGAAAUGACCAAUCAGCGUAAAAAUGUUUUUGCAUUUAUGAAUGAAGCUAGUUUAAUAGAGCUGCAGACAGUUAAAUCAUUAUCAGAAAAGAAGGCUGGAGUUAUUGUAGAACUGAGACCAUUUAAAGAUUGGGCUGAUUUGCGUAACAAGCUUGAGACAAACAAAUCAAUAUCGGCAGAUUUACUCAAUUAUACACAAGAACUGAUAAAUAAACAAAAUAAUGUCAAGAAUAUUUUAGCUAAAUGUAAACAAUUGGUAAAAAGUUUAGAAGCUGCAAUUGCAACCGGGGCUGGCAUAUCAGAGCAACCCAAAUUGCUUGAUCAAAGUUUAAAACUGGCUGAUUAUCAAAUGAUUGGUCUGAAUUGGCUGACUGUUAUGCAUCAUCAGAAAAUGAAUGGCAUAUUAGCAGACGAAAUGGGAUUAGGAAAGACUAUUCAAAUUAUUGCAUUUUUAGCUUAUUUAAAGGAAAAUAAUUUAGUUAAAGCGGCACAUUUAAUUGUUGUGCCUUCUUCUACACUCGAUAAUUGGGAAGCGGAAAUUGCUAAAUGGUGUCCCAGUUUAGUAGUUGAAAAGUAUCAUGGCAGUCAAGAUGAGCGAAGGCGUAUGCGUAUACGUUUUGCUAAGGAUGGUUUUACUGGUUUUGAUAUAUUGUUAACUACAUACCAUAUUGUUUGUUCAACUCCUGAGGAGCGUAAAAUGUUUCGUGUAAGCAAAUUGCAUUAUGUUAUAUUCGAUGAGGCUCAUAUGUUAAAGAACAUGACAACACAACGUUAUGCAAAUUUAAUAACCAUUAAUGCACAGAUGCGUAUUCUAUUGACGGGUACACCAUUACAGAAUAACCUGUUGGAACUUAUGUCAUUGCUUUGCUUUGUAAUGCCUAAAUUUUUUGCGAAAAGUAUUGAAGAUAUUAAAAGCUUAUUUGCAAAGAAAAGUAAAGCGGAAAGCAGCAAUGAUGAUGUGUCACAGUUUCAAGAAACGCAAGUGGAACGUGCCAAACGUAUUAUGAAACCAUUUGUUUUACGACGUCUUAAAAAGGAUGUAAUCAUGAAUUUACCUAAAAAGAGUUCUUUUGUUAUCAAAGUUCCUAUGAGUGACAUACAGAAACAGAAUUACCACGGGCUAGUAGAAUAUUAUUCCAAUCACAAAGGCGAAAUAUGUAGUGGUGAUCGUGCAGGUGUUACAAUAAUGAUGGAAAUGCGGAAGGCCGCAAAUCAUCCGCUGCUAACGCGCCAGUAUUUCACAGAUGCAAAAUUAAAUGAAUUCGCUAAGCGUUUAGCAAUUUCAGGCAGCUAUAAAAAAACAAACCCACAGUACAUUUUUGAAGAGUUGGCAGUUAUGUCUGAUUAUCAAGUUUAUCAAUUAUGUACAAAAUAUGAAUUGGACGAUGUAACUAUACCUGAUAAAUAUAUUUGUGAUUCCGGAAAAUUCAAACAUUUGGAUACACUCUUGCCUCAGUUAAAAAGCGAAGGUCAUAGGGUGCUGAUUUUUAGUCAGUUCACAAUGAUGUUGGAUAUUGUACAACAUUAUUUAGAAAUACGUAAACAUGGUUAUUUUCGUUUAGAUGGUUCAACUCCAGUUGAAGAGCGUCAAGAUAUGAUUAAUGAUUUCAAUUCGGAUUCAGACAUCUUCAUUUUUCUACUCUCAACAAAAGCCGGAGGUGUUGGCAUUAAUUUAACAGCUGCAGAUACAUGUAUUAUCCACGAUAUUGAUUUCAAUCCUUACAACGACAAGCAGGCUGAAGAUCGUUGUCAUCGUAUGGGUCAAACACGUGAUGUUACAAUUUAUCGCCUGAUUUCGGAAAGCACUAUUGAAGAAGGCAUGUUGAUGGUGGCCGAAGAAAAAUUAAAACUGGAGCAAGAUAUAACAUCAACAGAAAAGGGUGAAGUACAGGAAACAAAGUGCGUAGUAAGAUUACUCACAAUGGCAUUAGGUCUCGAUAAGGAUGAACAGGAGCGUUUAAAUUCAUCAUUAACAUCUCCCGCUUAAUACGUUAUACAUCCCAAGAAUUCAGUUUUAGUUUACGUUUCAACCAGCAGAAAAUAUUUGAAUUAACAAAAUAUCUAAGGAAUUAUGUUAAAUUUUUUUUCAAAAUUUACCGUUGUUUCAUUGUCAAUAUUAAUAAGUGAUCAUAGGUUAAAAUAGUUUCAUUUACAAAUAUUAAGCUAAAAUU